AUGAACGUAAUCAAGAAAAGUAUCGAGGACAAUGAAGUGAAAAGGGAAGUAGAUCGGGAUAGCACACGGCGUUUAUUUAUACAUCGACAGAAAAAUGGCAUGCGGCAAGUGUCAUCUCAUAAAAUCGCAGUCGAUACUUUGGCGUAUGUACGGAAGAUUAUAAGUCUCGGAAAAUACAACAGUGCUGAAGAUCUCAUUGAGUUGCUGGAAACCGAAAGAAAACGUUUAUUGGAAGCAUUGCCGUAUCAGUUUGUUGUUUCAAACAUUAUAUUAUGUGUAAUCAAGAUGAUCUGUGAAGAAAACGGUCAAACUAAUGCUGCAUUUGGAAAUCUAAUACCCCACGAUUCCUUAAAUGAACUGUGGAAAAUUCCGGGUAGUAAAAAAAUCAUGGACCCACGAGAACUUCGAAAAUCAGCUGUUAUUGCUAUCAAUGAAUUUGCAACCGAAAUCGAUACUUGUAUCGAAGAUAUAUGUGCUCAGGCAAGUAACCACAUCUGUGCAUCCGAUGUUAUCAUAACGCAUUCAUUGUCGCUCUCAUCUACACUUACGUCUUUCUUCCAAUCAGCUCGUAAAGGCCAGAAAAGUUUCCGGUUGCUAGCAGUAGAUGAAGAAGUUGAUUGUGAUUGUAUAUCAUCAGUGGAUGUUCUAACUGCUAUGCAGCGUGCUACCCGAGUUUUUAUCUCCGCUGUCGCUGUAUUCCCGGAUGGUUCUUGUUUGGCACCAGCAGGAUGUCUGAUCAUAUGUUUAGCAGCUAAACGACAUGCAGUACCAGUUUCAGUUUGUGCUUCUUUUUAUAAAUUUACUCCUUUUUUUGUAGCAGAUAUUGAUCGUAUACAUUCUUUUGGUUCCUCCACUGAUGUGAUACCGUUGACAGAUAUGAAAGAAAUAGAAGAUGCUCAGAUUGUGAAUCCUUUGUUCGAUUUGAUCUCUGCAGAACUUAUAUUACAAUCGAUGGCAGAGCCGGGUGAUGCAGUACGGGUAGAUGAUGUGGAGAGCAGUAGUAACGAUGAAGAAGAGGAUGAGGAGGAAGACAGUACAGAAUGUGAUGAAAGUUCAGCUGAAGAAAGCAGCAGUGAAGAUGAAAGUGAAGAGAGAAGUAGCGAUGAUGAUGGAGUUGAUGACAUCAAUGUUUGGGAUUCUAUAGAUGACGGAGCACAAACUGAAGAAGCAGUUGAAGCUUCACUGCAAGCGGAUUAUACAAAGGCUCUUAAUCUUAUCGUAGACGGUCGCAAACAAAAAGCGCUUACAAUAAUGGAAAAACUUCUUCAACAUCCAAUUCUUCAAAAGUUUGAAGUUAAUAUCAAUUCGUUCAACUGGAAUGAAGCCAGGGAAGAAGCUUGUGCAAAUCAGUCUCGUGUAUCGGCUAUGGCUCGCCUUUUCUCUUCCUUACACUUCAAUAUCAGUCGACUUUUAGACGAUCCAAUAGAUCACUUGUUAAGCACAUUAACCGUAUAUCCAAAUGAUGAAUAUUUAUGGAAAUAUGUAGGAGAAGAAUCCCUGAAAGUACGGGAUUGGUCUAUGGCAUUGUAUGCAUUCGGAAAGUGUUCAUCUGCUUGGAGUGUUAUUCGCGGGAUUCUUAUCGCCUUGUAUAACGCUAACCUGUUUGAAGAUUGUCUCCUGAAAAUAAAAUCUGUAUUGGAGUACGAUAAGACAUAUUUUUUGGGACGAGUUUUGAAAGAAAUCAUUCGAGAAACGAGUUCUUAUUGGGAAAUGAAAUGUCGUCAGGUGUUCAACGAAGACCCGGUUUUUAUACAGGAUAAUAACACUAUGAAAAUUACAGAGAAAGAAAAAGAAUUGAUUCUAAAUGAAAUCACAAAUAUUGGGAAAUCUACUGCUGACGUUGAACCUGUGUUCAAACCGGUGGUGGUUGACAUAAGCACUUGUUCAGACUUAGCAGAAGUAGGAAUUUGUUUGUGCGAUAUAUAUGACCGCAUCGAAUCCUUCUCCAGUUUCUCAAAACAAGCUGUAAUAGUAUGUGGUACGAAAGUAUUAGAUGAGUUCGAGGAGAUUGUUAACGAUGUUUCUAAUGAUUUUAUGGAUUGUGUGAACGUGAUGCAAGAUUUGAUUGAUAGAAUUGUGUCCAUAGAAGCUAUUCAACCUGCUUCAGAUAUUCUUCCAUACCAGUUUACAGAUUUUUCAUCCCGAGGGAUGAAUGGGCCGUUCCCGGAGGUAGGUGCAAUACCGGGUCGACCCGCGGUAGGUGAGGAGCAAGCCCCUACAAACCCACCAAGAAAGCGAAAACGAUCAGAUUCCGGUUUGGACUGGAGGCGACGUUCUGUUCGUUUUCGAGCAGAAUUUAAUAUUGAAGAAUCCGGUUCAGAAAAUGAUAAGAUCAUGAUUGCUUCACUACUGAAUUACUCAUGCGCACAAGAAUCCUCGAUUGUUCCGCUUUUAUCGAUGAAACCGUCUGCAAUAACAGGUUUACCUGCAAAAAGAGCUCCAUUGCAUGUAUUGAUGGAUGAUAGAUCGUCGCUGCGUAGAUGCGUUAUAUACAUUGCAAGUAGGUUUAUCAACGGAAAUGGACGAAUUUAUGAAAUUUUGGAGCAGUUACUUUUCUGGUACUCGAGGAACUGCUUUUAUGUUAUUAUUACGGAUCGCUUACAAGAGGUCAUUAUUGGUUGUUAUGCUCGAUGGAUUAAUAAAUUUGGUAAUACUUCAAUGAUUCGUGGCGAUGAAUUUCUUCCUAUUCAUACGAUGUUGGCUGAAUUAGGCGUCGAAAAAGCCAUGUUUGUUUGUUACUCCUCACUUUCUUCAUCUCUGGAGCAGGAAUUACGUGUCCGAAUACUUUGGUCAAUUGCAGUAAAUGGUACAAACAUUUUCAGUCCUCAGGUUUGUAAAAAUUAUUUGCGGAUGUUAUUGACUACAUUAAAAUUUGGAUAUAAUUCUGAAGUCAAUUACCAAUCACUGAUUAGUGACCAUGAAUUAAUCAACUUGGACACAGUUCAGAAUCUCAUUGCUCAGAUAGAACGGCAGGAAAAUCUUGAAGCUAUUCAACGAUUGUUUGAUAGUCGUCAGUUUGAUAAGGUCGUUAACAUUAUCAUCGGCAACUUUAGUUGGAAAGAUGUUGAUCGCAAUGCUCUCCUUUCUACAGCAAUGAUUCUAAUUGAUUCAUAUCUUGAACUAAACAAUAUGGAUGGUGCUUCUGAAUGGAUUAGCAGAUUGCUAGAUUUUACUAGAGGCCUUGCUGGAACGGAGAAAGUGAUUUCAAGGUUGAAACGACUUGCUAUAGAAAACAUAUGCCUAGAAAAUAUUUCUAAUCUAGUACACUGCAUUGUUCAUCUCCUUGUUCUCGAUGGAUAUGAAUCAGAUACAGCUAUUUGGCUUAUACUGUACCGUUGUGCUUACCAUCUGGAAGGAGAGCACACAGUGGAAACACUAUCCGCAUUAUACGAUAGCGGUUGUCAAAUGCUUACUUCUGCAUUGAAUAUCCUAGUCACUGCACAUGAAGCGAUAGCAAAGCAUGACAAAUGCUUCGUUGAUGAUGUAUUCUUUUUUCUGAAUUCCCAAUAG